AUACUCUCGGGAUGGAGGUGACGUCCACAGGUCCACAGACUAUCCAGAAGGCUGAGGGAGAGAAUGUGACUUUGGGCUGCAGUUACACACCGAGCCCUUCUGACAGCGGAGAGCUUGACAUUGAAUGGUCUGUGGUCAGUCCAGACACCACGCAGAAAGACCAGAUGCUCAUGUCCUAUACCAGUGGCACUAAAUAUGUCCACAGCAACCACGCGCUUGCAAAAGGCCUCAGCUUUGCUGCUCGUGACCCUUCAAUGGGUGAUGCUUCACUCUCAAUCUCUCUGCUGUCGCCUGCUCAUAGUGCUACCUACCAGUGUAAAGUGAAGAAAUCUCCUGGAGUGGACAUGCGCAAGGUGUCACUGGUGGUAAUGGUGAAGCCGUCUGUGCCUAAAUGCUGGGUGGAGGGAGGGGAGCUGGUCGGCGAAGCUGUGUCGCUGCACUGCCAGUCUGCAAAAGGCUCCACUCCUUUGAAAUACACAUGGAGGAGAGAAAGUGCACGCCCCAUGCCUGCUCCAGCCACACAGAACAGCGUGACUGGGGAGCUGAAAAUCACCAACCACUCGCAGAGCUUUGCAGGAAUCUACCUUUGUGAGGUGAACAAUGCUGUUGGAGCCGAACACUGCAGGAUCAACCUGAAAUUAAACAAACCUCCAAACAGAGCAGCGGUGAUAGUCGGCACCAUUGUGGGUUCUCUGCUCCUCAUCUUCAUCCUGUUGGUCUUCCUCGGGCUUCUCUACUGGAAGUUGAGCAACAGACAUCACUAUGAGAAGGAGUUUUCCAAUGACAUCAGGGAGGACGCUCCACCUCCUGAGAGCCGCCCGGUCAGUCGCCAUACGAGCCGGAGCGGCAGUCAGCACCCACAGGUCACUUACUGCCAGGUGGACGGGACUGAGAUGAGCUCUUUUAAUGAAGGACACACACACACUCCCUCCAGCAACAGCCACAGACACACACCGGUCAAACACACACCAGUCGAAUAUGACAGCAAGUACGGAUACGCAGUCUGAAGAUUAACAACAAAGCUGAACUGAGAAGGAUUUAGCUCUAAUUGUAAUGUUUUAAUAGAAGAUUCAACACAGUUUGGACACUUGAAACUGAAAACUGAAUCAAAGCUGUGCAGUGUGAUCAUUUUAUAACAUUGUUCAUGUUAUUUACUUUAAUAUAAUCUCAGUCACUUAAGAAGUUUUCUUCCUUUUAUUACUGUAGCGCUAUUAUCUUUCAGACUCUGUAAAGAAAAGUAUAUAUAUAAAAAAUUCAUGAAAACAAAGACUUUAUUCUUUGUUCAUUUUUUUUAUCUACACA